AUGGCCUCCUCCCCACCCUCUACGCUGACCGGUAAUCCCAACUCCCACGACCCAUCCAGCUUCUCCUCAUCCCUAAGCGCAACAUGUCUCUGCAAAGCGAUCCGCGUGACCAUCAACGACAACGAGCUCUUCACGCGGCCGCGCGGCCACCUGUGCCACUGCGCCAACUGCCGCAAAGUCGCAGGUUCCUACGUGUCGUCGAACCUAGCCAUCGAGAAGGAGAAAGUCGUUGUCGACGAUCCCCAGGCGAAAAUGCGGGUAUACGUCGAUCUCGAGACGGGUAGCGGGAAGAAAGUUGAGCGCUGCUUUUGCGGGACUUGUGGGAAUCCUAUCAUGUCGAUUGCGGAGAUUUUCCCGACCAUGGUUAUUGUCAAGAUGGGCAUGUUCCCCAGGAUUCCGCAGCCCGAGUGCGAGAGUUUCGCGCUGCAUCGACAUCCCUGGCAGGGCAGGCAUGGGGACCUGACGCAGUUUGAGAUUGUGCGGGGUGGGAAGAAGUUGGGCGAGUGA